AUCAGGCGGGGCGGCGGGAUGAUGGCGGCAGUGGCGGUUGCUGGGCGGGGGACGCGGGCUCCGUGAGGGGAUGGCGAGGCGGGCGGCGCGCAGCGGCUGAGGCUCCCCCGCCGCUCCCCCGCGGGCCCCGCGCGCUCCUGUCGGUCGGUCCCAUGAGCGGGGCGGGCGGUCUGGCGUGGCGCGCGCUGCACGCGCUGGUGCGCGCCUUGCUCUGCCUGCAGCGCGCGAUCGUCGCGGGACCCGCGCACGGCGGGGCGGCGCGCGGACGGCAGCGGUGGCGCGCGGACGGGCGCGCCCUGCGGAAGCUGCCGGUGCACGUGGGGCUGGUGGUGACCGAGGAGGAGCCGAGCUACGCGGACAUGGCCAGCCUGGUCGUGUGGUGCAUGGCGGUGGGCAUCUCCUACGUCAGYGUCUACGACCAUAACGGUAUUUUCAAGAGGAAUAAUUCAAGAUUGAUGGAUGAAAUUUUAAAGCAGCAGCAAGAGCUCUUGGGACUAGAUUGCUCCAAGUACACAGUGGAAUUUGCAAAUCAAGACAAAACUGGUCAAGUUUUAAAUUGCCAAUCUACAUUGAAGGUGCUGUCUCCAGAAGAUGGAAAAGCAGACAUAGUCAAAGCUGCUCAGAACUUCUGUCAGUUGGUAGCACAGCAGCAAAGGACACAUUCAGACCUGGAUGUGAAUAUGUUAGACAACUUAUUAAGUAGUACAAAUGGAUUUCCUGAUCCUGAUUUAGUCUUGAAGUUUGGUCCUGUGGACAGCACAUUAGGAUUCCUUCCAUGGCACAUCAGACUGACAGAAAUCAUUUCUUUGCCUUCCCACCUAAACAUCAGCUAUGAAGACUUUUUCUCUGCCCUCCAUCACUAUGCAGCCUGUGAACAACGCUGGGGAAAGUGACUUCGGGCUGAGUGCRUGGAGUCAAGCUUUCUGUGGGAAGGAAUUGAUGUCUGUUUACAAGCACUUGUGACCCAUAAGUCUGGUUCAUAGUCCUUUCUUAAUUUAUCAAAAAGUUCAAUAAAGUGUCUUACCUUUCUAGAGA